AUGACUUCCAUCGAAGCCCUCCACGAGAAAUUCCUGACGACAUCGAUAAUAGGCCUGAGAGUGCUGGAAGUGUACGACCCCUCCUUCGAGAAGGACCCCCUGGACUUCAUUCACAGGAACUUUGACCUCUACCACAAGAAAGUCCACGAGAACACAGCAACUGGUGAGCAACACGAGGCCUUUCGUACGUUAUUAUGUUACCAGUAUCAAUUGCAAGCUAAAAGCAAUUUUCAAUGCCGAAGUCGUCACUCUCACCACAAUCUGUUGAACAAUGUGAUAAAAAAUCUGCUGUGCCCCGAGGACAACGACGAGAACAUGAGAACAAUCCUCGACGAUGUAGCAAUCCUGCAGAUUAUUCUUUACCUAAACCUAGACCAAAUAGGUAAACUGUUCAGAGAGACUUUGAAGUUCACAUCAGACCAGAUUCACAAGGGGAACGCCCUCCAGGAUUGCCUCCCAGUGGUGGAGACCCUCGUGGACGGUUUGUCUCUGAGAAAAAAAAUUGAGGGCGAUUCUGAGAAGGAUGUCCUGACCCUGCUGUCACGCGAAAUGAAGCUCUGGUUUCGAGUAAUCGACGAGAACAAUUCAGGAGACUGGACCCCAUUCCUGUCGAUCCUCCUCAAAGUCACGACGACUUUUCCCGAGGUUUUCCUCAACUUCUCGUGGGAUCUGGUCGCUGGAUGCAGACCUGGACACGAGGAAAGGAGAGCAUUAACUCUCCUGUGUAGCAUCAUCGACGAUCUCUUCUCUAAAUCCUCCCAGGGAUCUUUCCCCUCAGCAGUCUCCAAGAACUUGAGCUUCUGUUUCAACUCGAGAGUCCUCUCCCUCAUCUGCAGCCACCUGACCUCGCCAGUCCAGCUCUACAGAAAGCAGUCGCAGUACGUCCUGAGGAGAAUAACCGAUUACUCAAGGGAGCAUCUCCAGCAAAUCUUCCCUGAGAGGAAGGGGAACCCCCUGAAGCCCCCCUUCGUCUUCUCAAACAGCCCCGAACUGGAUGUCGAAAAGAUAAAGAAUAAUUACUUCUUCCUCCUGGAAACCCUGGAAGGGAAGCAAGCACAGCUGAUCCUUCCUCAACUGAAUCUCCUGGACAAUCUUCUGGACGCGAGCAUCUCCGAGGGGGUAAUCGACAUCCUCUGGGUCAGGUGCAUUUUCACUCGGAUCCUCACCCACGACAACAUCACGAUCUCAAAGGCAGGACUGAUAAUGGUCCUUCGGAUGGAGCUCGAGGUCUUCGAUGACGGGUUCAUCAGCUUGUUGACGCAGUCGUUGAACCACACGUUCUUGUACGAGAGUCAGAACUUCUUUUCCAGACCCAGGAUCGCCGAAGAGUUAUCAAAGCUGUUCGUCAAGGCAGAAAUCAGCAGGACGAACCUCAUCCGUAAGGUCAUCUUGGCAGCUGCGCAAGUCCCCUGGCAGCCGAUCCCCCUGUUUUACGUCCUGGAGGCACUGGGGAGGGACAACAGAGAAAUCCAGGUGGAACACAACGUCUGGACAUCCAAGGAGUUGGAGGCCCUGAAGACCAUCGCCGAGAGGUACCUGAAGAAUCAAAGUGGGAUGAUGCAGAUCGCCACGAAGACGAACAUCCUCAGUUGCAUUACCAUUUACGUCAGACCACCCCUGGACCUUCGAGAUCUGGGGCAAUUCUUCCUGAUGAUCGGGGACGAGGGGUUCUUGAAACGAGAUAAUAAUAACUGGAGGCGCAUCACGAGUUUCCUGAGGGAUCACGUCGAGGAGGCGACGGCCUUGGAGUUUGUUUCUGCGAGUUGCGAGUCACUCAAGAGUGAUGAGGACAUCAAGUCUUUGGGGCUUCUGAUUGUCCUGCUGUACGACUCUGGGAGUCCCUUCUUCAGGGCUUGCGUCAGCUCGGAUCCAUUGGCCAAAAUAUUGUCCCCCCUGAAUGCUCACAGAGAUGAAAAUCCUUCAGGAUUGCUCGUCUCCCUGAAGAUGAUCAGUUGCUUGAUGGAGCUGUCACCGAGGCUCAGUGACUCUUACGUCCAACUGAUCUUCGGAUCUUCCAAGAACAUUCUCAAUCUCAUCUGGAGUGGCCCCACGUCGAGAGCCCCAGGAUCCUUCGACGAAGGCCUUGUCUACGUGAGUGCUCUGAAAGCGAUGAUCACACUUCGAGAUUUGUCCAACGACUUCACCGAGUCCCUCAACAGAAUGAUGAAGCUUGAGAGGGAAGAGGUGAAGAGGAUCGACGAGCUCAUCAACUCGAAUAAAACUCCCUUGCUGCAGGCGUGGUAUUCCCUGAACAUCUUGUUCCUGAGUAACAACGAGAGGAUCGAAUGUUCCAGACGAGUUCUGGACGACGACGAGAGGAUAGUCUCUGCCUUCCACAUCCUCAUCGCGAAGAUCCACUACCGUAGGAUUCGCACUGCUGACAAUCUCCCCGAGGCCUUCUACCGAAAGCUCUUCAGCGAAAGGCUCAUGAUCCUAGCGGAGACUCAAUCCCCCGAGUCAAUCCCCUUGAUGGCGUCGAUCCUCUCAUUAAUUUUUAUCAGGCUGAAAGACUCAGUGAAUGUAAUCAUGGACUGUGUGGAGACGAUUCAGGAGGCGAUUGAGACCUCCUGGAGGAGUUUAUGGAGCAUGCAGAGAUCCCCGGAAUUCUGGGGCUCUGCCAGGGAACUGAUAAGGCUCGUUUGGUCUGAGAAUCUCUUCAAGAUCCCGAAACUGAGGCGCAUUGUCCUGACGUACGCCGAAGAGAUCAUCUCGAGGACUGACAACACGUCUCCAUUGAGGUAUCUCCUGUUCCACCAGAUCAACCUGGUGUCUGGACAGUACAUUCUGUUCUUCCGCCAAGUAAUCCUGACUUCAAUCCUCCAGACAGAUGGAGGGAAGAAUAGAAAGGUCGAAGUGCAGACGUUGAAGUACAUCAAGCAGAUGUACAUGAUUGACGUUUUUGAGAAGUCCUUGAUGACGGGGUUGGGGGCUUACACAGACAAGAUGACGAGGGCUUUGCUGGUGACGAUGAUCUUGAAGCUGGGGACGAGGACAGAGGGGAAGGACCCGAAAGAAUUAUUGUCGAGUUACGUUCCUCAGUUGAUCUCCACCUUGGAGAAGCACAAGAAUGCUUCCUCUGAGGAUUCUGAUGCUCACAGGUUGAGGAUGAGGGUCAUGCAGGUGCUGCUGCUGUUGAAUGUCGAUGAUGAACAUGCCAAGAAGGUCCAUGAUGCUCUGCGUGAGCUACUUCUGGCUGAGAAAAACCCGAUGAGUGUGAGGAUCAUGCAGGAGUGGGUACUUGUGAGGCUCUACGUGGACAACGAAGACAUGACUGCCCUCAUCUGGGAUUUAUUCCCAGUUUUUCGUGAGAAGCAGCCCGAAAGCUUGAUGUCUCUAAUGUCGAUCGUGCAUCACGUGGCGAAGGGACUGUACUCCAACGAGAGGCUGGUGUACCUGAAGAAGGCUGUGGAGAACAUUCUGCCGAGUAGCUGCUUCGCUCAGAACAGGGAGCUGCAGUUGCACUCGCAGGUCGUCCUCCUGAAACUGUUUGAGUUGAUUGGGGAGAUCGAUCCCACGGAGUUGAGGGAGUACGACUCCUUCAGGAAGGCUGUGCACGAUAAUCUUGAGAGUGAGAGGGUCAAGGUGAAAACUGAAGAGAUGAUGGAGAACUUUUAUCUCCCGAGGUUUGAUGCCACUGGGGAUUUAAAUCUCCAGACCAUCUUUUAUGAUGUUUUGAGACUGUCUAAUGAGGAUAUGGGGGAAUGGAUUGAACCUGAGGUGUUUGCGGAACUCCUACCUGGAUACCUGAACUACCAGUGGUUUCGGUAUUGGUAUGAAGGUGGGCAGUUGAUUGGGAGAGAGCCUCCAGUGAUGAAGAGAAUUGAGCUUCCAGACAUUAUCCUCCAAGACGUUUCCCAGGAGGAGGUGAUCGUUGGCAUCGAGGGGGGGAUCACCCCAGCUGCUUCAGGUGGAAUUCUCCCAAUUAUACUGAGACCACAAUUGACGAGUAAUGACACUGGUUUGAUCGUAAUUGCAAGUCUGAUCGAGGACUUCUGUAAUCUGGACGGUCUGACCAGAGCAGCAGAGAUUUUUUGUGCCAGAGAAUUGGUCCUGGAGGCCAAGCGACAUACUGAGGAUAAAGACUUGAAGGGGAUCACGAUAUCAGAGGUGAAACCUCAGGAGCUUCGAGAGUACCUACUCCAGAAGAAGUCCAGGGGCUGGAAGCUAGUUGGAGCUGAGAAGACUGUCAACAGUGUCAAUCUUCUUAACAUGAAGUUUAAUAAGAAGACAAUUCUUAUUUUGGGGAAUGAAAACACUGGGAUACCAGCCAAUUUGAUUCAACUAAUGGACACGUGUGUGGAGAUUCCUCAGGCAGAAGUUCCUCGAUCUCUGAACGUACAAGGCACUGGAACAAUUUGCCUGUGGCAGUACGCACAACAACACCUUCUCCACAGUUCAUAACUAUUGAUAAACCGAAAAGUUGAAUAAUAAACCAAAUCAUGAUUAUUUUUUCUAAAGCUUCAAUCGUUGCAUUGAAUUGUUUUUCCCAUGAUUCUCUCACAGACUGAUGGAACCAUUUAUUUAUUGUGAACAAGGUAUGUUAACUACUAACAAAUAGUAGAGUUAAAUAUUUCAACUAAACAAAAAAAUUGUUUAGUUAUUAAAAAUGUAAAAAAAACUGUUUAAUGUUUACUGUACUG